UUCCAAAGGAACAAUAUUUAACUGAUGAGAUCAGGAUAAGUCUGGUAGGCUGUUCGUCUUAGUGAAUCGGAAAACUACUGGUGCCAUGAGAGCAAAGCCUUUGAAACUGUCUGUUGCCUCGUCUCCACUAACAUUUUUCGUUAAAACGCCACAGCUAGCGCUCCUGCCCAAUGGCGGCUUGUGUUCAAUGGCGUGACAGGAAGGGGUGUGAAGCUGUAUGACAUGUGGACUGCCGCGUCUUGGGACGCAAGUGUGAUGGGAGUUGGUGGGAGUUACCGCAACGACUCGUUACACAGAGCCUGGAGAAGCACCGACCUGAAUGUAAGGCGGGUGAAACUGUCCCUGUGCGAUUUCAUCGGUUGUAGAGCCGAGGUGUUAUUCAACGGAACUGGAUCAGACAUCCUCAACUGGUUCACUAAGGACCGUCUCAUCUCAAGUCCGUGGGAGGACCUGAAAUCAACCGGGGUCAACUUCUUCAGCAUCGAAGGGGACACUGUACUAGACCGCCGAUUCUUUAUCAACGACAUUUACGGUGGCUGUCCAAACGACGUCGGCUGGCUUGCUGUGGUGGAAUCCAAGACCCAAGCUGCCUGUGAAUGGGAGCGAUAUUCGGCCUAUCCUGUUAUAGUGUACAGCGCAGCAGCUGGCAAAGUACGUUGGCAAGACCUGCUUACCACAGGUGCCAAUACUGUUGGACGUGCGGAUUACUUGACCAUACACGUCGAUGCCGAGUAGGAAUGUCAAAGGUGAAUGACGCGUCAAAUGCUAAAACACACGUCGUUCUAAGGUUUGGGGUCUAAUGUUUUUUAAAUAACUGAAACAGACAAAUGCUCCGAAUGUUCCGUGGAUAGUCAAAACAGCUGUCCAGAGCAUGUUUGUUUGUUUUAAAGAGGAUAAUUACAAGUGAAGCAAACUGAAGAUAAUUCCAAGUUACGGCAGCGACAAUACUAUUAAACAAAACACCCUACUGAAGUUCCGGGACGUUGUUUAUUAGGUGUAUACAAUUUAAAAGAUCCAUGUUUUAUUAUGAUGUAGAGGAAUAGCAUAAACAAUAACGUUUUGUAAACAACAUUGCUCAUAGGUUAAGAAUGAAGAAAUAAGAUGGGUUAGGGUUGAAGAAGGUCGCCUGUUGGAAUAGGAAAACGUUCAAGAAUGUUCGAGAAUGUCAAGAACAGUGAAUAAGAUUUUGGGAAAACCAGUGUGACAAUAGCUUGAACGAGAAUAUUUCUAAAAAUGUAGUUAUUAGUCAUUAUUGAUGUUGAUUAAGGCAGCGUAAGUACAUGUACAAUGAAAUGCACUGCAUUGAGGUACAGGGACGAUGGUUACUGGGUUAACAAAGUAGAAUAAUUGUUUUUCUAUGAACACUUUAUAAAUUAAGGAAAACACUACACAAUUUUUGGUAAACAAAAUCAGACUUAAAUUAUAAAUGAAUAAGUACAGUGGACACAGUUUCCCAUUGUUUGGGAAUGCUAAACAAAGUGAACAAAAAAAUUGUUGGAAAACAUGUCGCUACAUGCAUGAAAAGUUACCAGUAAAUAUUUAAGAAAGCUUGUGUAUUUUCAAAUUUUAGUGUGCCAUUUAAUUGGUUUCACAUUGUGAAUGAUAGUGAUGUUUCAUUCCGACGAAAGAAUCAGAAUUGUCUUGAGUGCGUUAUUAUGUCAGUAGUUUAUAAAAACAGCUCUUGUUAAGAGUAAUUUUCUUUUUUGUACAUUCUUGCUGUUACAUGAAGUAAUUGCGCAAAUCAUCAUCAGUAGAAUACAGAUAUUUCUAAAACGUAUGUGUAAUAUCCUUUGCUUAUAAGCACCGAAUCGAUACUGAUUAAAAAAGUCAGGCUGUGGGAAAUAGAUUGGUGAAGCAUUGCCACCAAUAAAUUCGAACACACUUCUUAUGCAGUUAAUGUAUUAUUUAAAUCAUCAAGUUUGAUGUGCACUAGUUACGGUCUCACCAAUAUUAACAAAGUGAACACUGAACACCAACGUGGCUCGUUUCAACCGAUGAGGGGGUAAUUCUGCUCAAGAAGGAUUAGUCUGGGGUGCACCCACGUAUAUAGGCCAGAAAUAUGCCCGCCAAGCUCAUUAAUAAAAGUUAUACACUCAAAAUAUUCUAUAUUAGAGGGUCCUGAGAACUAUGGAACUAGGGAAUGGAAGAAAUAUGGCACUGAACCUCUGGACCGGACUCAGGCUUUCCAAUUCUGAGC